GAUAGUGGCAGCAGUAACACUGAAAAAGCUACUUCUCAGAAGCUUCAUCCUGUUCCUUUCUAACCUGUUUCCACCGCAGGAUUAUUUUAUAAUACUUGUGCCAUGUGACUCUCUGUGCAGUUCCUUUAAAUCUGGCAGGAGCUACCAACUGCGGCCUCAAAGAAGAUAAUUUUCUUUUUGGCAGUUCCUACUUUUAUCUUCGUGCUACAGCUGGUCAGAACCUUUUGCCUUUUUUUUUUUUUUUCUUUUCCCAUGUCAGCUUGCAUUUUGUGAUUAAAGGGAGCUUGUGGUAUGUUUCUCAAGUUGUAUGUGAGAGAGUGGGGGAAAUGGGUUCCUGAUGUUCUCUAAUAGAAUUGAAAAAAGGAGGUGUGGAAAUAGAGGGGAAAAAAGUUACUAGACACCCACCCAUUCUGAUAUCUUUGAAAAAACAACAGUAUGUGGGAUUUUUCCGUUAUGUGUUCUUGUCUGUUGUUCAACCCUUAAAUCAAUUAUAUUUUAUUUAAAAUGAAAGCACAGUAAAAAAAGAAUGUUUGGGGGCAGAAAUUAAAGUUUGUGUUGUUUCUUGGCAUUAUAGAAGAACAAGUGUUCAAGCAGUCUGGAAGGCUGCUUGCCUGGAAGCAAUAGCAAUGGAGUAAAAACACCUUUUUCAUGAAUGGCAAUUUUAAAUUUUUUAUUAUUAUUAAUUUUGUGUGUGGUGGCAGAGUAUAUGUCUGAUGUCAUCCAAACAGAUGCUCUGAGCAUGGAUGUAGGCUCUGAGCUAAUUUUCUGUUAAACAGUUACUUCAGUGGAAUUCAGCUUGGGUUUCACAUUUCUGUAGUUUGGACCUGUACUUUGCCUCUCAGUGUUUGGCAAAACCAGUCUAACUUUCUUCAGUGACAGUUGCUCAGCAAAAUCGGUGUGCAUAGAUAAAGAGGGAAAAGUAAAAUGUCAUUACUUAAUUGAAAAAACAACUGCUAAACCUUUGGGAAGAGAUGAGAGUGCAAGAGGCCUGUAAGGCAGCACUGCUGUUCUGCCUCUCUCUUGACAUCUAAAGUAGCAGAAAAACUAUUCCUUGAGCAUGGGAAUCAAUUUCAUAUUUAAAUUUAAUCUAACCAAGAGACAGAUGAUACUUCUUCUUCACCACAAACAUGUAGGCACGGUGGUGUGGUUGAAGUGAGACAGUGUAGGAAGCUAUUGACAGGAUUUCAUCCUGACUCAGCUAAAGGAGUUGCCCACAGAAAGCUGCUCCCAGUGGCACUGCCGGUACAAAAAUCUGUUCUGAUAGGAUGAUGCACAGCAUUUUUUGCCUAGCCAACAUAUCAAGAUGCAUGGCUCUCCAAGUCCCUAUUAGCUUAUUAAAUAUUAAAAAUAGCCUAAAUGUUAAAACCCACAAAUAUGCAAUGUUGACUGUUCCUGCACCUGAAUAUGCAACUUUUUUUUUUUCCCAUUAAGUAAUAAUUACUAAAUAAGAUUAAAAGACACUAACUUGAAAUGUUAUUCAAAACUAAUAAGGUGCAAUGGGCUAACUGAGAAAGUACCCUAUAUUUUAUUUAGACUAAGUGGUGAGUCUAAUUUUACUUAAGGCCAGUAAAUAAAAUGUCAUACAUUUAGAUUGUGCUUUUUAUUUCUGAAAGUUAUGUGCAAGUUGUAACUGUUAAGCUAAGUAGUGAAGAGGGAGGCUAGGUUCUGUAUCCAUAUCUAUAUCUCAAGUGCCUUUUUUUAAGGGUAAAUUUAACAAGUGUUGAGGGAAAGUUAAUACAGGAUAGAUAAAAGAGUGUUACAGGCACGAAUCUGAUAUGAAAACAGUUUUACCUGUGAUUAGAUUACAUUUGUAAUCAAUGCCUGUUCACAUGGAAAUCUUCCAAAGUAAAGUCAGAUACUUAAUUGCUUUUCUUAUUGCUAUCUGUCUGGGUAUAUGUCUUUCUUUAGCAAAUAAAUUAGACUAAUUAGUAGCUCAAAUUUCACAGCUACCCCGGUUUUCUUGACUGGGUUUUCUGGUGAGUAGGUAGAGGAAAAAAUAUAAAUCACAUUUCCAAGAGGUUACCCUUUUUCUACUGUAAGUGUAUAGCAAAUUCUGAUAAGGACAUUCCAGCUUUUUUAUUUUUAAAAUGUUAAAAUUUAAGGUAUGGAUUGUUUUUUAAGUACAUUAUUUUUGAGUGCUAAGCAUGACACUUAGCUGUCAAAGAAACUGAAGUGAUGCAGCACAGGGGCACAUGCAUUCUUCAGUUCUAGUUAAGGAGCUAAUUUCACUUAAAUGCUGAUCAGCUAGCACAGUACAACAGUAUUAGUCAGCCUGCUUUUUAUGUUUGGUGACAAGAUUUUUUUAUGUGAUCUGUCUAUUAAUAUGUUUAGUAUCUGGAAACUGCUCAAGUAUAUUAUUUUAUGCUUAUAUGUGUGUAUGUGGGGGGGGAGAGGGAAGGAAACUAGAUGAGGAAGUGUUCCUGUAGCAUGAAAAGAAACAACCUAAAUAAGACUAGGGAUGGUUAUGAAAGAGGAUGCUGAAUUCUUGCACGCCCUACAAACACCUACGUCAUUUAAUCUGUUUAUAAAUAGUCUCCAUCCAAAGAUCUGAGAGUACUUUAAAAUACUAGUCAGUUCUUGCAGGAUCCUACUCAGGGAAGUGAUGUCUUACCACAGCCGCAUACAGUAGGUUUCAUAGGCUGAGGUUAAUUGCCCAGUAUCACACAGUGGCCAGUGACAAUGCCAAAAAUAAAUACAGUUAAGUCUGCUGCUCGGAUGAAAAUGUAACAAGAAGCAAGGAGCACAAUGUCUAUGCUGAAGGAUGUACUGUAUAGAGCUACCUUUACCAGUGCCCAUCAGACAGACCAGCAUGGACAGUUUGAAUUAUAUAACAGUAAACAAGUCCUUUGUUUUGUAGUUUUUCUUCAGACAUUGUGACACAGCAGCUACAGUUCUGCAGGUAAAUGCUCAAGCCCACAGUGCUGUCCUCCAACACAGAGAUGCCGGAUCACAUAUGCUAGUAGAAGGCCUGAGCCUGUAGGGCAGCAUCCUCUAAAGGAAAGGCAGUGAUAAACCCACAAUAAAUCACACUGGGAUGUUUGUUUCCAGGAGAUCUGUCUUCACUAACCUAAUAAUACUAGAUGAUGAAAAUAGCCUCAUUAUGUGCAGUAUUGUUUAUGUAACAAAUGACAGACCAUUUCUUUUGGCUGAAAUACGUGCCCUCUCCUCGUAGUUGAUAAGUUUAAAUGCAAGCAUGCUGUCUCAGCAAAUCUCUCCCUAGAGUACUACUUUUGCAUUUCUUACUAGUAAAUGCUUUACAGCUAACACAUCCAUCUGCCCAUUCUAAACACUGCCAAUAAAGUUAGGGCAAUUAGAAGCUAAAGCUGGUAUAUUUUGUACAUAUCAACUAUAAGUGGUCAUUUAAUAUUGUGUUAUUGCAAUAUGUGUGCUUGAAGCACGGAUCAAAUAAUCUUUGCAUCCACAGCCACGAACAAAGCUCUGUGACCUGAAAGGUGAGUCUGUGGAAGAGACGAUGAAGCUACCACCAAAAUGUUUGCUCCCUGAUCUCUUUUGUGUUCCCUCAUCAUUAAUGUGGCUUUCACGGGAAGGCAGCAAGGUAGUACAAAGGACCCAGCUGUGCAACACAUUCCCUUUUCAUCAACAGAAGGUGCUUGUGUAAAGGUGAGCAGGGGAUGAUGCCAACCAGAAGCCAUAAAGGAGCGAGGUAACUCCACAUCUUGCAGCCUUUCAUUUGUGUAACACUUACCGUCAAGGUCAGCUUUUAAUACAUUGAUUGCUGGGCAAGUGCUGUGCUGUAAUACUGCACCUCCUGACACAAAAUCUGCCUUUUGUAUGUACUGUAGGAUGGGCUAUGAAUAUGCGUUACCACAGUCUGUUCUGUGACACAGCAUACAAGGAGGCUCCAGCAGUUUACUUGCACUGUCAACCUGAGGAGUAUUAUAGAAGAAACAUUAGUUACAGUGAGUAUGUGUGCGCCUGUCUUCCAAACGAACUGUUAAAUGCAACUUAGAUUAUCCUGAUCACUGACUUAAACAGUACUACUCAGCUAACAUUCCUGUGACAUCAAAGUAUUUAAAGGUGUGCUUAUCUAGAGAAAUGUGUACUUACUCUCUUGAGUAACUAGAAUGAAGUAAGGAGCAGAACAAGAGACAAUUACUGUAAGAGCUGUAAGAGAGAUUUCCCUUCAUGGUUAUAUCAGAUAAAUACAUUUAAAGAUGACAUAUAUUCCACUAUAGAACAGCCCUAAUGAUACAUAUUAGAUAUCUGUUGGAAGAGUGAUAGAACACUAUAAUAGAACUGGACAACAGUGUUUCCCACAACUUUUAAUUUUUUUCUUUUCAGAUCCUUUCUAAGUGGUGAAGAAAAUGAUCACAAAGUUCCCAUAUACAUAAAACAUGAAAGUCUGUUAAACCUAUCUGUUGAAGCUUUUCAUCAUUAUUAUUUUUUUUCCCUGUGAACAUAGAUAGUAGUGGAAUAUUCAAAAAGAUCUGACCCCACAAGUAGAACAUACUUUAAAUGUGGGGACUUAAAACUGGGCUUCCUAUAAGUUGCAUCCUUUAAUUUCUGAGCUCUCUAAUAAUAUGGCAUAUUUAUCAUGCUGCCUAGAGAAGUUUCCAUAAUGAACUAAUUAAAUUUCAGAUACGCAGGCAGUAACUUUACCAAACUGAGAGUUUAAUAAAGUAAGUCUACACAAAACUAAAAUACUGCCAUAGCUAAUUUAAUUGUUCGACUAUACUGCAUAAUUGAAAUUUGUGAACUGAUUUAAAGUUUCACUGCAUUUGAAUUAGAUAAUAAAGAAAUCCAACAUGCAGGUAUAUGCAUGCUGAAGCCAAGUCUGCUGAAAGCUUUUAUCUGUUCUUAAUUUGCUGUUCUUCCCACAACAGUAUCUAAAUACCACACAGUUUUGGGAGCAUCAGUCAGUGUGAACAUCGUGCCAAGAGAUGCCAGUGUCCUGGCAAACUGCUGGACCAGGAGUUCAUCAUGACAUCAGUGCUGAGUUCCAGAGGAAUAAGUACACUCUAUGCACUUUCUGAGAGCUCUUACUGAAAAUUUGGAAAUUUCAAAUUCGGAGCCAAAUAUAUGCAGCUGGUCUGUCUCAAAACCAGCCCUGUGUUCCAUGGGAGGAGAGUACCAUGCACUGAGUGAGAGCCCACUGCUGUCUUCCAGCAAUUUCCAGCCUUUGCUUGGCCUUUGUGCUUCCACAGAGCCCCAUGCCACUGACUCCCUCGCUGAGCUUGAGCAGGUUCUGUUGUGCAGCUGCUGCUGAAAGGAAACACUACCUCAGCAGGUCUGUUUGCUUCCACAAAUGUGUAAUUGAGGUGCUCUCCCUGAUGCUGGUGGCAAAACAUGCUAGGAUUCGGCUGCAGCAAGGUUGUAAUGAACAGCAAUAAAUCAAUAACCCCUGUCAGGAAGCUAAGGAUUGCAGAAGUUGCUGUCUUCUCAUUUUAAGAUUUUAAUUUUGGUUUCCAAACAGUGGUGUUAAACUGCAGAGGAAAGGACAAGCAUUUCCAUAUCAGUUUACAUUGGUAAUUCAUUAUUCAUGAUGCAGAACUAGAGAGCUUAGCUGAAGGUCUUUGGGAGAGGUCUUCAGCAACACACCUAGAAGCUGGAUAGUUAAGAUGCUUUCAAGCCUUUCCAAGUAAAAUAUAACUUGCUUUUUUUUUAAAAAAAAAAAAAGGAAAAAAAGUUUGGCUUUUUUUUUUUUUUAUAUUAAUUUGCUUCAAAGAACAUUGUAAAGAGAAAUUGAACAUGGAUUUGAGGUCUGGAAGUUACACUUGAUGCAGAGGGUUUUAUUAUUAUCAUCACUAAUGUUGUAAUAUGUUUGCUGCUGCAACCAAAAACUUUGUUAAACAGGUUGGUGAUGGAGGAAGACUAGUUCCAGUGCCCAGUCUCAGUGAGGCUGAUAAAUACCAGCCUCUGAGCCUUGUGAUUAAGAAAAGAAAGUGUUUGCUUUCAAAAAAAUCUAAAUUUGCAUCAACACCUUUCACAUUAAAAGACAUUCUUCAAGGGGAGAAAGAAAUUUCUGCAGGUGUCUCAUCUUACCAGUUGCUCAAUUAUGAAGACAAAUCGGAUGUUACACUCAAUGGUAGAAGAGGAAAUCAGAUAAUGAACGAUGUUGGUUUUGAUGUUGCUGGAUCAGAUUCUGUUGCCUUUAAAGCUUCUUUUGGCAUAGUGACCAAACAUGAAGUUGAAGUACCGACAUUACUUAAAGAACUCACUACAAGAAAAAUAAACUUUGAUCACUGUCUAGUACAUCAAUCAAGAAAAAGUAGGAUGGAGAUUCUGUGCGUGGUCAUGGAAAGUAUUAGGACUACAAGGCAGUGCUCAUUGACUGUCCAUACUGGAAUGCGUGGAGAAACCAUGAGGUUUCACAUUAUUGAAGACCAAAAUUAUAAAGGACGGGACAAAGCCAUUGUUUUUCCUGCACAUACAACAAUUGCUUUUAGUGUGUUUGAGCUUUAUAUUCAUUUGGAUGGUAAUUUUGAACUAUGUGUGACUCCAAUUUCAAAAGGAGGAUUUGAAAAAGAGAAAUCCACAUCAUCCUCAAUGAACAAAUUAAGGAUGUUAAAGAGUAAUCUAUUUCAUCGAAAUAAAAGAGUAGUGGAUACCAUCGCUAACUCUGAUGGUUACUUGGAGGACCUUUUUACAGACUACUAUGAAAAAUCUGCAAGCCUGACCAAUCUCUCUACAAGCUAUCUCAGAGAAGGGGCUCAUAUCCGGAUUAAUUUACUUCAUAAUAACAUCACGAAAGGUCCCUGCGUCCUUUGUGGAAUGGGAAGUUCUAAAAGGGAGACAGUCUAUGGAUGCCUAGAGUGUUCUUUUAAUGGACAAAAGUAUGUACGACUGCAUGCUGUGCCCUGUUUUGACCUCUGGCAUAAGAGAGUGAAGUAACUGAUGUAGGUAAGUGCCUGUUGUAGACAUGGGCAUAAAUAACUGUGCCACAAACUUUACACAAUUAGCAAAUGUGACUCAUUUUGUUUAAAUGCAAAAUACUGAAAGUGCAAAACUUUUUAUAACACUAUUAUUUUCAAAUAAUUUGCUUCACAAUGACCUUAAUUACUUGAAAAUGUAUGCAUUCCCUGACAUUUUGAUUUUCUUUUUUCUAGUACUUUCUCAUUGUAUUAUCAUAAUUAAAAAUGUGCUUUUAAACUGUAUUUUCAUAAUGUCAAAAUAUAUGCUAGGACCUACCUAUAAAUAAGUUGUUUACAUAAAUUUGUUGUUAAACCCCCAAACGUUGCCUUUAUCUACACUGGAAUAGAAUGGUAAAAUGAGAAUAUUUGUUAAUAAUUUAGUGUUCUCAUGAAUCUUUCAUUGAAGUAUCAGAUUAAAAAACAUGCUAAAGCUUA